CUGCACCCAAUCCACAGGCUGUUCCCGGAGGAGGGCAGUACCCCACCCUCACAGGAUCCGAAGACUGGGAGUGGGGUGACCCCUCCCAGUGACGGUGCCCACGGGUGGCCCGGGACGCAGGGGGGGCAGACCCCAUGCUGUCCCUAAAGGUCAUGGACAAAGAACUGCCGUUCUUGGUGGACACAGGGGCCACAUAUUCGACUUUGAAUGUGAUGCCUAACCAACAACAUCUUUCCACCACUACAGUGACCGUUGUGGGCUUCUCCGGGGAGGAGCAGAAACUGCCAGUGACUAAGCCUGUGAGAGUGCGGUUGGGGGGACAGACCUUUCUACACCCGUUUGUGGUCUCCGCUGCAGUGCCUGUGAACCUUCUGGGGCGGGACAUGCUGGUGAAGCUGGGAGCUUCAAUUCUGUGUAAUGCUGAUGGUUUGGUUGUCACCCUCCCCGAAGGGACCCGCCUGCCAUGUGACGGAGCGACAGGCGGCACCGGGCAGUGGCUGAUGCAACCUGUGUCACAACAUCCGGUGGCUGACAUCUACUGGGGCCUCCUGCAGCCUAGCCCGGCGGGUAUCCUGGCGGUGUACUCCGCGUGGCGCUCCUGGAUCUCCCUCCUGGAACCCUACGUUCCUCCACCCGACCCCCCACAUGUGACACUGUUUUAUGACCGAAAUUCCAUAGAAUGGUAUGGGGACCUGUUUUCUGAGCAACUGGAAGGCCACGAGUGGCAAGUUGCUUCCCAAAACAUUUAUGUAGGUCCCGAGGGGGUGGCCUCAGCAGUCCACCUGUCUCCUGAGCAACUGCCCUGGUACAGGAUGGGGGAGGAGGCGGUGCCACACGUCUCUCUCGCCCUACAUCCGAAGCAUCAGGCUAAAGAUUUAGGCCCAAUGGUGAAAAGAGCCACUUCAGCUACGGACUGGGUUUUCACCCAGAUCCCACAAAUCUCGUACUCCCCCUCCUGCAGUUCCUACUGUAUUCAAACUAAGGUGACAGACACAGCCAUGUUACAGCAUGAACAAUUGUCUAGGGACCAUGGUAGGGAAAAGAUGGAUCAUCCCGGUGCAGCAGCACUACUGGCUUUUCUGCCAGACUCACUGUGGUCCACCAGCCCCACUGAUGUUGGUUUGGUGGACUGCACGCCCGUCGACUUCCUACUGCACCCCAGUGCUGGACCCCUCUGGGUCAAGCAAUAUCAACACAAACCAGCUGCAGAGGAAGGGAUAGCAGAGACUGUAGCCGGUCUCUUACGGGCGGGUGUGUUAGAAGGGUCCACCUCUCAGUGGAAUACUCCUAUACUCCCAGUAGAAAAGGCAGGAACAGGCAAGUAUCGUAUGGCGCACGACUUGCGCGCUAUCAAUGAGCUGCUGCUGACUCCCACUGUUCCGGUUCCUAAUCCCUACGUCGCUCUCACCAAUCUUACGCCGUCCCAAACAUGGUUCACUUGCAUUGAUCGGGCUAAUGCUUUCUUUUCUGUACCACUAGCACCCCACUGCAGGGACGUAUUCUCGUUCACGUACAGGGGAUGCCAGUUCAGGUACACGCGACUCCCACAGGGAUUUGCUCUGUCUCCUGGGAUUUUCAACCAGGUGUUGAAGCAGUCGUUGCAGGGCUGCCAGCUCCCGGAUGGGGUCACCCUCGUCCAGUACGUCGAUGACUUGCUUAUCGCGGCCCCGACAGCGGAGGCGGCACUCGAGGCAACGCGGUCAGUGCUCCUCUGGCUGGCAGAAAAAGGAUUUAAGGUCAGUAAGGAUAAGAUACAGGUGGCCCGGACGGUGGUGUCCUUCCUGGGGAGGGUCCUGUCAGGUAAGGGAACAGGGCUCUCUCCGGCCCAUCGGUCAGCCAUCCUGAGUCACCCUAAACCAAUUAUUGUGAAGGACAUGUUGUCCUUUUUGGGACUGACCGGAUACAGCCGAACUUACAUUGCAGAUUACACAGGUCUGACGCAACCACUGAGGGCUCUGGUGCGGCCACAUGGCCUGCGGAGCCUCAGCGCCACUCUGACGUGGGAUCAACCUGCAGAGGAGGCUUUCAUCACUCUCAAGCAGAGGUUGGCCCAAGCAGCUGAUUUGGCGUUACCUGAUUAUUCUCUCCCGUUUCAUUUAGAUGUUUCUGAAACUGGAGACGUCGUGAACGCCGUCUUGUUUCAGAAAAAGGGGGGAGAGAGGAAGGUAUUGAUGUAUAUUAGCACCAAACUCGACACCACAGAACAGCGACAUCCGUCAUGCACCAGACAUGUGGCAGGAGUGGCAAAAGCCGUGCAGAAAACAGCACACAUUGUGAUGGGCCAUGCCCUACACAUCCUGACCACGCACAGUGUGGUGGCCUAUGUGAACUCACAAACGUUCACAAUGACGUCUCUAAGACAGCAGAGGCUCAGCAAAAUUUUAGAGGCGCCACAUUUAACUUUUGCCCAUGAGGGCAUCAACAUGGCUGAUCGAAUGGGGGGAGGGGCACCCCACGAAUGUGAGGCCAGGGUUAGGAAAGAGGAAAAGGUCAGGGAGGACCUCGCAGCCGAACAGAUAGAAGGUACGGAGGAGUGGUUUACUGAUGGAUGUUGUUUUCGAACAGAGAGUGGAAGUUUGCAAGCAGGGUUUGCAGUGGUAGCGAGAGAAGGCCUGGGAUUCAGGACACUGAAAGCAGAGAGACUAGAGGGGGCCCAAUCGGCCCAGAGAGCGGAGAUCAGGGCAGUCAUUGAAGCUUUAAAAUUGGCUGAAGGUAAAGCAGUCACCCUCUAUUCAGACUCAGCGUAUGCGGUGGGGGCUGUGCAUGUGGAACUCAGCCAGUGGCUGAGGGCUGGGUUCUUAACGGCAGGAAACAAACCGAUUAAGCAUGAGGCAGAUAUGAGAGAGUUAGCGGAGGCAUUGAUGCUUCCGGAGAAAAUAGCUGUGGUAAAGUGCAAAGGACAUGAGGGGUCAGGGACAGUGAUAGCACAAGGCAAUCAAGCAGCAGAUGCGGAAGCAAAAGUGGCAGCGGGGUAUGAGGUAAGCAGACAGAUGGUUACAGUAGAAGAGGAACUGGAGGGACAGGGCAGGCUGACCUCAAGCAGGAUCCGAGUCAUGCAGGCGCAAGCCUCCCCAGAGGAGAAGAACAUGUGGGCAGAAAAGGGGGGCAUAGAAACAGAGGGCCUGUGGUGUAACAGGGAGGGGAAGCCAGCCCUCCCUAUGGGAAUUAGGCAACAGGUCAUAGAAGAGGCACACGGUGUGGGGCAUGUGGGGACAGGACAGAUACUUCACAAUUUGAGAGCAUGGUGGCAUCCGUUCCUGAAGGAUAUGGUAAAGGAGUUUGUGAAAAGCUGUGAGAUCUGUGCGCUGCACAACCCAAGACCCACGGUAAAACCAGAAAAGGGUCAGUUUCCAGCAUGUCAUAGGACUGGAGAGGAAAUAGUCCUAGACUACACCGACAUGAUAAUACCGGUGCGUGGGAUGCGAUAUGUGCUGAUGUGUGUGGAUGCAUUCUCAGGGUGGCCAGAAGCCUGGCCCACUAGGAGAGAAGACGGGGCCUCGGUGGUGAAGUUCCUAGUAAACCAUUAUAUACCCAGGCAUGGGUUCCCCGAGAGGGUGAGGUCAGACAAUGGUUCACAUUUCAAAAGCGAGGAUCUGCAGAAGGCAGAAAGGGCGUUGGGACUUAAACAUGCGUUCGGGACAGUGUAUCAUCCUCAGUCCCAGGGGAAGGUGGAACGCAUGAACCAGACGGUCAAACAAAAAUUGGCAAAAAUCUGUGCACAGACUAAAUUGAAUUGGGUUGAGGCAUUACCCCUGGCACUAAUGUCAAUCAGGUGCUCCAUAAAUCGGGGAACAGGGUUCACUCCGUUCGAGUUGCAGACAGGACGACAAUUCCCAGGGCCCUACGGAGGACUCGAGGGGAAACCUGAACAAGGAGGGGUAAGCACGGCCAAAGCAUAUUAUGAGGAGUUACAGGUGCUGGUGACAGAUUUCUCUAAGCAGGUUCAGGAAACGAGACCAGGGGCCCAGCCAGCCAAGCCACAUACAGCGGAGUGGGUCCUUCUGAAGGUCAUCAAAAGGAAGUGGUCAGAGCCCAGGUGGACCGGCCCCUUCCAAGUCACGGAACGGACGUCUCACGCAGUGCGGCUGAAAGGCAAAGGUGAAACCUGGUACCAUUGGAGCCAGUGCGCAGCGGUAGCAGAGCCCAGCAGAUCACUCGCCGAGAUCCAGGAGGACCUCGCCGACAGCGCAAAGCAACCCGGUUCGGCUGAACCGGCAGUAACUCAGGUCCCAGCAGUAGGGGCAGAAUAA